AUGUCCGAGGUCUGCGUCCCCAUUCAUGACCCAUGGAGCGCUGCCCUCACCGCAUUCCUCUGCGUAGGCAUCACGGCCUCCUACCUCCCUCAGCACUGGCGCAUUAUUGCCGCAAAGUCCUCUGCGGGCUUUAGUCCAUGGUUCCUCCUGCUCGGGAGCAUGUCGUCGGCGUCCGCGAUGCUGAAUAUCAUCGUCAUGCAGUGGGGAAUCGUGCGGUGUUGCCCCGUUUGGAGCUUCGGUAGCUGCGUGGAAUCCAUCGCUGGAGUGUUGCAACUCAUCCUGGUUUGGAUCCUCUUUGUGAUGAUUCUGGUACUGUACAUGGUGUACUACCCGGAGAACAUGAAGUACGUCGAGUUGGAUGUGGACCUUCCCGGCAACCUCCCUCCGCGACACAUCAAGACUCCGGUGAAGCAGGAAAACUGGAAGCUUUCCGUGACCCUUGCCUGGGCAGUGGGCAUUCACAUUGCUCUCAUCGCGUUCAUCACGUUCAUGCUUCUCUCCACUGACCCCACCCCCGACUCGACCCAACGUUCGCCCCAGAUCCAACUCUGGGCGACGUUCCUCGGUCUUUCUUCCGCCGUCCUCGCCACGACGCAAUACACCCCCCAGAUCCUUCACACCUUCCGCCUUGGGCUGGUCGGUGCACUCUCCAUCCCCAUGAUGUGCCUCCAGACGCCAGGUGCGAUCCUCAUGGUCACCAGCAUCGUGGCGCGGCCCGGCACGAACUGGACGACGUGGAUCUCGUACGCCAUCGCCGGGGUUAUGCAGGGCAUCCUGCUCGUCAUGUGCCUCGUGUUCCGCGCCCGCCAGCACGCCGACGGCAUUGACGACUUCGGGCGCCCGCUCAACUCGCCGCCUGCGUAUGCUGACAGCGACGUGGACGGGGAUGCGGUGCCGGCGAGCACGCCUGCCCUCGAGGCCGCUGUCGGUGACGCGGUACACAGCGACCUGCGGGCGGAGCCCGAGCAGACGAGCGAGGCAACACCGCUGCUACCCAAGCGGGACGAGGGGCGGAGGAAGGGGCUCUUCGACUGGCUGAAGCGGUGA